UGAACAUUCACAAGUUUCUGAGCGCAUACGGUACAAAUCCUGAUCCUCUGAGCUGGACAUCUGAAGCGAUGAUCACAAACAUGAUUGUGUUGCUGUGUUUGUCUGCGCUGUUUCCCGUCUUGAUGGGCACUGAUGAGGUCAAAUCAGAUUGUUUUCUUGCUAGAGACUGCUCUGACAUUUAUUCAAGUGGGAAAAAUACCAGUGGUGUGUACUCCAUCACCUCAUUAGAUGGACCAGUGCAGGUCUACUGUGAGAUGGUCCCCAGCGGAAUAAAUGACAGAGGACACUGGACGGUGAUUCUCAGGCGAAUGGACGGUGAGGUGAAUUUCUUUAGGCCAUGGGAGAGUUAUAAAAAGGGUUUUGGUAAUAAAGAAGGCGAAUACUGGCUGGGUUUAGAGUUUAUGCACCAGCUGACCAGCAGGUAUCAGUAUAAACUUAGAAUAGAUUUGGAGGACUUUGAGGGGAAGAAGGCUUAUUCUCUGUACGAGUCUUUCUCUGUGGACUCUGAGGCUGAUGGGUACAAACUGCAUGUGACCGGCUUUGUAGAUGGAGGAGCAGCUCAGACUUUUGGUUAUCAUAAUGGAAUGAAGUUCUCCACCUUUGACAAAGAUAAUUCAGGAAAGAACUGUGCUAAAAAAUACUCUCAAGGAGGGUUUUGGUACAACAAUUGUGAUUAUACAAACCCUACUGGUCUGUAUUGGUGGGGGAAAGAUGAUGGCAGUUUGAUGAGUGGGCCCUUCUGGUACUACUGGAAGAGCAGCUAUAAAUCUCUGAAGACCGUCACCAUGAAGAUCAGACGCGUGAUGUAGAGCAGGGCUUACAAAAGCUUCACUGCAGCUUGUGCACACAUCCACAACUUUAUGCAUGCAUGUGGAUCUUUCUUAAAAUA